AUGGCCAUGAACAAUGCCACAGCAGUGAUUCAGUUUCUCCUUAUUGGAAUCUCUAACUAUCCUGAAUGGAGAGUCACAUUUUUCACACUGGUGCUCAUAACUUACCUCAGUACCUUGUUGGGGAAUGGACUUAUCAUUUUCCUUAUCCACUCUGACCCCAACCUUCACACUCCAAUGUACUUCUUCCUUAGUAACUUGUCUUUCUUAGACCUUUGCUAUGGAACAGCUUCCAUGCCCCAAGCCUUGGUACAUUGUUUCUCUACCCACCGCUACCUGUCUUACCCUCAAUGUGUGACCCAAAUGAGUGUUUCUUUGCUCUUGGCCACAACAGAGUGUCUCCUACUGGCCGUCAUGGCCUAUGACCGUGUGGUUGCUAUUAGUAAUCCCCUGCGAUAUUCCGUGGUCAUGAACGGUCCAGUAUGUGCCUGGCUGGCUGCCAGUUCAUGGGGGGCAUCAUUUGUGCUCACUGCCAUGCUUGUCUUAUCCUUACGACUUCAAUUCUGUGGGGCUAAUGUUAUCAACCAUUUUGUCUGUGAGAUUCUCUCCCUCCUUAAAGUGUCCUGUUCUGACACCAGCCUCAAUGAACUUAUGAUUCUCAUCACAGGUAUCUUCACCUUGCUUCUACCCUUUGGGUUUGUUCUCCUCUCUUAUGUUCGGAUCACUGUUGCUGUCCUGAGGAUUCGCUCAGCCCAGGGCAGGUUUAAGGCCUUUUCCACCUGUGGGUCUCACCUGACUGUGGUAACUAUCUUCUAUGGGGCAGCUAUGUCCAUGUACAUGAAGCCUCAGUCAAAGUCCUCUCCAGACCAGGACAAAUUUAUCUCAGUGUUCUAUGGGGCAUUGACACCCAUGUUGAACCCUCUGAUAUACAGUCUGAGGAACAAAGAUGUUAAAGGGGCAAUGAAGAAAGUGAUGGCCAAAAGACCAUAG